UCAGGCGGACAAAAAAUAUCAAAAUUUACAUAAUUCGGUUUUUAGUAUUAAAAACAUCGAUGUUACCAUCGAUUGGUUUCCAGCUCAGCUCUAACGACAAAAUACCAAUCGAGUAGCUUUCGAAUGCGGACGUCCGGCCCGGCCAUUUCUCCAAAUUUUCUUUUUGGCUUUUACCUCUCGAGUGAAAGGUUGCUCCUGCUUUUAACCAAGGAACGUAUUGGCUGCAACAUUUAACGCAUUCCAAGUAUCUGAACGAGUAUCAAAUAUGAACACCGUUUAUGUACGCUGCCCAACAAUGACCACACAGUCGCUGCACCAGCAGUCCCUGUACCAACAGACCUACGUGGAUCACCAUCGCAAUGUGACCGACGUUUUUGUGCAGGAGCAAUACUCGCAGAGGGAAUUUUACACCCAACAUGUGCAGCCAACAGUGUACGUGAAUAAUCCGUGCCCCUAUGUGCCGCCCUAUGUUCCGCCUGCGACACGCCCACCGAUGGCAUAUGAUCCGUACGCGAGUCAGUUUGCCUAUAGGCCAACAACGGUUAGGGCACCACCCACGGCAGUUGGUUAUUAUUGUGUCAAUUCGGCCACGGCAGCCUCUUCGAAUGGCCGUUACAUUUAUCAGCCAGAGCCACGAACCUGUCCCCAUCCAACGGCAAACCGGGCCUCAUCCACCCCACAAGAGAGCUAUGGGGCAUAUUCGUCCGAUUCCAGUGCGUCGCUAUCGCCGACAUAUUACAUAACCAGUCAGACGCAAACGACGCCCAUAAAGUGCGCAGAUGCAGCCACACAGUCCAACAUGGACUUGGAGGAGCUUGCAGGCGCCAAGGAUCCAGAGAAGUGCGUAGAUUCUGAAGCUUUCAACUUUUUGGCCAUGGAACGUUGGGCCACGGACUUUUUGCGCAAACUGGCUGAGGUGCAGGGCGAUCGUCGCAAUUCGGAGAUGAAACUACCCGAGCAGCAUAUGCAAGACAUCAUUCGAUUGGCUCUACAUGGCAGCGACAUAGCCGAACGCGUGGCCAAUACGCACUGCAAUCGUCCGUGCUUCAAGAAGAUCGACACAUUGUGCGCCCGCCUCAAGCAGGACUUGUGCCGUGUGGAUGGUGUGCUGGCCAAUAUUAAUUCGCAGGGCAUUGCCUGGGCUGUCAAGGAUUUUAUCUUCCUGUUCACGCGCAUCAUGAGCGCUUGGACCAUACUGAAGAGUUACCUGUACAAUCAUACGGAGGGCAUUAAGAAAAUCAUUGACUUAUUGCCAGCGGGAUUUAUGCAGGUGUUUAAUAACUGGCAGCUGGCCACCAUACCCAUGAUUGACAUGGUCAUUCAGUCCAUUGUCAAUCUCGAUGCCGGUGCGCGUCCACAGAAGACUUAUGCCGGUAAUGGCGGAGGCGGUGGCGGUGGCGAUAAUAGUCCUGGUGGAAAUCGUCACAGUCAUUGUCAUAACUCCCCUGAUGCUGGCAGCCGUCAUAGCCCACCAAAUGGCAAUCGUAGUCCAGCUGGCAAUCACUUUCGUACCAUGAAGAGGCAAGAGGCAGGCAACAAUCAAGACUCGCCGCCAUACUAUGGCAGUGCCAAUAGUACGCCUCGCAUGGAUGAACAUAAACCGUCCAUGGAUCAGCAGGGAGGAGCAGGAGGAGACUAUCUGCAGGCAGAAGCUGCAGCAGCAGCAGAAUCAAUGUGCAAACCCAAAAGCUGUCAGAAUCUCAUUGAUAUGUACACGAUGAUCGAGAACUCCGAGGAGACACAGCGGCAUGUGGAUGCAAGUGGCACUUACCUGAAGACGGGCACCUACCAGCCGCUGCAGAAGGAACAAAAGUCGGAAAUUAUCCCAACCCGCGCAGCAUUUGUGAUGAGUGUGCCGCCAGGAUUUACAGCAUUGCCGAAUCUGCAUGACAAGGCCAAUGAAAUUGUGACACCAAAGCACAAACCCCAAGCCAAACCCAAGCCCAUGCCGGAUGCAGCUGCCGAAUAUAAAUGCAAGGCAAAGCCCAUGCCCGAAUACGAUCCUUACUUCCAUGGCUGUGACUUGACGCCAAUCAAGCGCCAGUCCCAUGCCACAGCUGGCGCCCUACGCCGAAAAUGUGAUGAUCCGUCCAAGUUUAUGCCAGAUCUACGUUCCUAUGUGCAGCCAGAGAAUGCUGAUGAGCCAGCCAAGCUGAGGCCGGAGCUGCGUGACAAUGCCAAGCCGCCACAACCCAAGCUGGAAAUCGAUCCCUAUGUGCCCUGCUUUGGUCUCAAUCCUACGAAGACACAACCCACACCAGAACUAGAGACUUUUGCGAUAGGCGACGCCAUGGACGCGUACGAGACACUGUGGAAGGGAAAUGCUAUGCAGGAAUUUUAUCCCACACCGUCAGACACUAUGACGCCGCCCGAUAUCAUGACUCCGCCCGAAGAGGAAGCGACGCCACCAAUGACCGAUCCAGAGACCAUUAAGAUAAGCCUCGAAAAAGUUCAAGCUGAAAUGGCAGAAGACGUCGAGCCAAAGUGCUUUGAGCAGAACACCAAAGCACACAAACAGCUGCUGGAGGAUCUUGAGCCAUUUGCCUCAAUGCUGGGACCCUGCUACGCCUGUGUGCCGCCAAUAGACAGCAUGCAGAAUAUUAGGCAAUUUAUGAAUCCCUACAGUCCCAUCAAUACCGAGGUGGCACGUGAUCUAAUCGAGCUUAAGGAACGUGUGCUGGAGCUGCAGAAUGUGGCGCAUUUCUUUCAAAAACAAUUUACGCUGAAUUAUUAUCCCGAUUUCUUUCAACGCUGUCAUCAGGAUUUUAUUGAUCUGAGAGCCAUUAUACUCAAGUGCGAGAGUGGAAUGUAUCAUCAUGUCUAUCAGGCUGUGCAUGACCUGCGACGCAUUGUCUUUGUGGCACGUUGCUAUCUGAAGGUAUAUUUCAACAAAAAGCUCAGCAACUAUAUCGACUCGUACGAGUUUUCAUUGGGCGAAAUGUUGUCCAAGCCUCCGCAUCAGCCGCAUGAGCAUGAUCACAUUAAUGGCAUACCCGGAGAGAAGGUCUUCAACUAUGACAUAUUGUGAGUCGGUUCAAGGAUAACCGCGGCCGUGACUCUUGGCGGCAGCUCAAACGUUAAACGUUAAAAGUUUUAGUCUAGUUUUGUUUAUUUUUAAUGUUUUUAUUGGCUGACACCAUUUGCCGGUUGAAAUCUAUGCCUUGUUCACACUUAAGUGGUUUUUCUUGUUGGACAAACAAAUUUAUAAAAAGCAGGAGCAGAGCCUAAAGUUAAUUCAAAUUAAUAGUUCAUUUAGUUAA